AUGGGUGGAGACGUUCUCCGACAGACUCCCAGCUCUCUACCUCGCGCCCCUGAUGGCCCCGUCGGGCAACGCAUUAGGAGCAUCUACACUGACCGUCUAAAUCAGUUUACAUCCAGAGGCCAGUAUCAAAAUCAGAACUUAAUAGGGAAAUUAUUCGAGGCCACAAAUUCUGACGAAGAUCACGUCAAGAUUUCUGUCUACUCUGUCCCUGACUUGCAACGGCCAAGCUUUGAAGAAGCCACCUCUAAUGAGUUCCAGCCGACGCACAUCGGGGCAUCGUUCGGUCCCAGCUGGUCCACGCAUUGGUUUCGGAUUCGCUUGACGAUCCCCGAAGAUAUGCGCGAAAGAGAACGGCUUGAAUUCCACUGGGAUGCAAAUAAUGAGGGCUUGGUCUGGACUGAAGAUGGCCAUCCGUUGCAGGGUCUCACAGGUGGUGGAGAGCGGAUCGAGUGGAUUAUCCCUGACGCCUGGCGCGAUGGAAACGAGCAUGUCUUCUAUAUUGAGAUGGCGUGUAAUGGGAUGUUUGGAAAUGCCCCUGGUGGUGACUCCAUUCAGCCACCCGCACCGGACAAGUACUAUACCCUAACCACUGCGCGAAUUACUGCAGUGAAUUUGGAGGCCCGGGCGUUGUUCUAUGAUUUCUGGAUAAUUUCAGACGCCGCUCGAGAGUUUCCUGCUGAGGGCUGGGAAUCCCACGAGGCCAAUAUGGUGGCCAAUUCCAUCAUCGAUGCUUUCAUUGCUGGCAAUGGAAGUCUAGAAUCUAUCAAGGAAGGGCGGCGAAUCGCACAAAAAUACCUCGGAGACAAGGUUGAUUGUUCAGAAGUGUACGAUAGCGGCACUCAGCCGAUUGUAUAUGGGAUAGGGCAUUGCCAUAUCGACACCUGCUGGCUCUGGCCCUGGGCCGAGACCAAGCGGAAAGUUGCCAGGUCCUGGUCGAAUCAAUGCGACCUUAUGGACCGCUACCCCGAGCACCGCUUUACUUGCUCUCAGGCCCAGCAGUUCAAGUGGCUAAAGCAGUACUACCCGUCCGUAUUCGACCGCGUCAAGGGCUGGGUGAAGAAGGGCCACUUUCAGCCAAUCGGCGGUAGCUGGGUUGAGCACGAUACAAACAUGCCGAGCGGGGAGUCACUGGUGAGGCAAUUUAUCUACGGACAAAGGUUCUUUGAGAGCAACUUCGGAGAGCGCUGCACGACUUUCUGGCUUCCGGAUACUUUUGGCUAUUCCACGCAGAUUCCACAGCUAUGCCGGCUAGCAGGCAUGAGCCGAUUCUUUACGCAGAAGCUUAGCUGGAACAACAUCAACAACUUUCCCCAUACCACGUUUCAAUGGGUUGCGCUUGACGGCAGCCAGGUUAUGUGUCAUAUGCCUCCAUCAGAGACAUACACGGCGGAAGCUCACUUUGGUGACCUGAAGCGCAGUAUCACCCAGCACAAAUCUUUAGACAAGGAUAACACUUCGCUUCUUGUUUUUGGAAAAGGCGACGGUGGUGGCGGGCCUACGUUUGAGCAUCUAGAAAAGCUUCGUCGCUGUCGUGGCCUCAGCGACAAAACCGGGCUACUUCCGCGGGCAACGAUGGGUACAUCGGUUGACGAUUUCUUUGCAAAGCUCGAGAAGAAGGCUGCAGAUGGUACAAAGUUUGCGACAUGGUACGGGGAGCUUUACUUCGAGCUCCACCGUGGCACGUAUACGACGCAAGCGAAUAACAAGCGCAACAACCGCCGAGCUGAAUUUCUGCUCCGCGAACUUGAGUUCCUAGCUACGAUUGCAUCUAUAACGCGAUCCGACUACGAGUAUCCCAAAAAAGACAUUGAUGAAAUGUGGGAAGGGGUCCUUCUCUGUCAGUUUCAUGACUGCUUGCCGGGUAGCUCCAUUGAAAUGUGUUAUGACGACUCAGACGAGCUAUACGCCCAGAUAUUCGAGACGGGAUUGCGAGCAAGGGAGGCGGCUUUGGAGGCGCUAGGAUUUAGCAUGGCGGGGAGAGUUCCAGUGGCAAUUAACACCCUGCCUUGGAAUAGAUCCGAGGUGGUCAGACUCCCUGCAGACAUGGCCACAAAUGGCUCCAUGCAUGCUCUACUGAACGGGGGUCCUGGAGUCAUUCCCCACUCGCAAGCCAUAGCGAGGGUCCCCGAGGUCAGCGUGACCGAGAUCAAGCCAGGCGUGUUCCGUCUUAACAACGGAAAACUGCGCGUUGAUGUAGAAGACGGUCUCAUCACGUCUCUAUAUGAUAUUGAAGCAGACCGCGAGGUUAUUGCUGCUGACGGCAGAGCUGGCCAGCUGGUUAUCUUCGACGACAAGCCUCUUUACUGGCAAGCCUGGGAUGUCGAAGUCUUCCACCUCGAUUCCCGGAAAGAAUUGCAGUCUGGCAAGACCACCAUCGCGGAGAACGAUCCCUACCGUGUCAGUGUCGUUACUGAGACAAAAAUCAGCGAAAAGAGCUGGGUCAAGACGACCAUCAGCCUCGCCGCCACAGAAGGAAACCGACCAUCCUACGUCGAGCUCGAAAGCGAAGUCGAAUGGCAGGAGACUAUGAAGUUCCUUAAAGUCGAGUUUCCCGUCGACAUCACAAACACCGAAGCGUCUUACGAAACCCAAUACGGCAUUAUCAGGCGCCCAACUCACUAUAACACAAGCUGGGAUAUGGCUAAAUUCGAAGUCUGCGCACACAAAUGGGCCGACCUCUCCGAGAACGGGUACGGGGUCUCCAUCCUUAACGACUCCAAAUACGGGUUCGCAACUUGCGGAAACCUGAUGCGUCUUUCCCUCCUCCGAGCUCCCAAGGCGCCAGACGCACACGCUGACAUGGGUCGUCAUACAAUCCGCUACGCUAUCUUCCCACACAGCGGACCUUUAGACUUCCGGACAGUCCGUGCUGGCUAUGAGUUCAACCAUCCGCUCAUCCUCGAUACCUCGUUAGCUUUACCCGAUGAGCAAAGUGUCUUCGCCGUUAGCGCGCUCUUCCGUAAAAUUGAACUCACCGGCUCUCCAUCUUUGAUUCUCGACGUUGUCAAGCGCGGCGAAGACGAUGAGGAUAUUGAUGGUGAUCCUGAUAUUUCGCUUCCCAGCUCAAAACGGAGCGGUCAAAGUAUCAUUCUACGGAUCUAUGAGAGUCUUGGUGGGAAGAGUAGGGGUGCAAUUCGGACCGCUCUCCCUGUAGAAAAGGUGUGGAAAUGUAAUGUGCUUGAGGAUGAUGAGGUGGUGAUUGAUCUUGUUGAUGAGCGCCAUGGGUGGAAAAAGGUUGAUAUUGAAUUGAGGGCUUUUGAGGUUGCAACUUACAGGUUACAGUUGUAGGUCGCGCGAUCUUUAUCUAGGCUACGAGGUUCAUCCUAGUUUAGCUUGCCUCAUCUUGAAUGAUAUGAUCCACUAGUUUUAUUGCUUGGUCCGGAAUGUUCUGA